AUGCUUUGUGAUUCGUUACGAAAUCGAAUACAUACUUGGCUUAGUGACUAUGUUAGACUCCAAUCUCUCGUCGUGAUCCUUCUUUACGCGCAGAUAGGGUGCGCGAUGAUCGGUGCACUAGGGGCAUUGUACAAUGGAGUCUUACUGAUAAAUUUGGCGAUUGCGUUAUUUGCGCUCGUUGCAAUUGAGAGCAAUAGCCAGAGCCUUGGACGGACCUAUGCGUUUCUUCUUUUCUGCGCCAUUCUUCUUGAUAUCUCAUGGUUCAUACUCUUCUCCAAUGAGAUUUGGAACAUUUCAUCUGAGAUGUAUCAAGCCUUUUACAUCUUCUCAGUGAAACUCACCAUGGCUAUGGAGAUUUCUGGGUUCGUUUUGAGGCUAUCCUCCUCUCUGUUAUGGUUUCAGAUUUAUAGGCUGGGAGCUUCCAUUGUUGACACUUCUCUUCCCUGUCAACCAGAUUCAAAUUUACGGAAUAGCUUCUUAGAACCUCCUCUUUUAGCUAGGCAAUGUUCACGUGGUCAUGAUCUACGAGAUAGCUUCUUAGAGACUCCUGCUAUAGCUAAGCAACGUUCACGUUCUGAAGAAAUCUUGCGAGAUGCUAUCCACGAACCAGGCUACUACACUCCUCUAUUUGAUGAAGGCCAAAGCAAUAUCACUUCUCCCAAGGGAAAACAGGUGAUUAAAAAUCAUUCAAAUGAAGACAUUUACAAAGGAUCUCCAUCAUCUGCUGCAGAAACCUCUGGAAAUAAGUCUCGGCUAUCUAGAUCCUUGGAGUCCCUUGAUUCUAGUCUCCGUUGGUUCAACACUUAAUGGUCGAGGAAGACAUUUUUUUGAAUUGAGCAACUUCAUUUCAACAGUCUAAGUCCACUCUUGUUUCCACUUUUGAAGAAUGUAGAUCCGAGG